AUGUCAACCUCCAGAGUCAUGCCCGCAUGCAGCUCAACCAACACCCAUGACUUCGAUGCUCUCGACCCGGAGUCCUACACGGCUCACCGACUACAGCACGCCUUUCCCGACCAUCUACACCAAACCUCCCGCCGAUUCUUCAUCGGUCCCAUACCCGAAGGAUGGCUCAACAGCAACAGGAAGUCUUGGUACAGGCGGAGGCUGGAGUUGAGCACAUACUCUUCAAAGAAAGCGAGUUUCAUCGCGGCGGCGGAUGCUGGUCUCCACCAUAGGACUCUGACCGGUUUGGACGGUCCUUCGAUCGCAGCAAGGAUGGGGUUCAGUUUCCCACAGCCGGAAGACGUUUUUGAUAGCGCCUCGAGUGCAGACGAAACAUUAGAUGUUGCGGAGGAUGAAGACCCAUUCCAAGAUAUCGAGACUCGAAAUAUUGAACCAGUCCCAACGAAUGAAAUACCUCGGAUCAUAGGUAUCGAAGGCGAGGAUGAGGACGGUAACAGAAUCCCCAAAAUCUUACCAGUCUCUUCGGACAUUGGCCUAGACGGAACGAAAGACAGAAGACGCGCGGGAGGCAUGCAGUCUGCCAGGUCACCUCGUCGCGCAUCCUCCAAGACCGCCCAAACACAUCUGUCGGAGAUGUCGUCCAGACCGAUGACCCAGCAACUGGAACCUCUGGCUGAACAAGAAGGCGACCGUCAAGGCCCGUCCUCGGUUCGUAACUCUAUUGCGCCAUCCGGUUCGCACGAUGAUGUGGAGACAAGCUCGAGAACAGCCUUACUCGCCGAAGAGGGUCAAACCUCGGCGGGCAGGAGUCUUCAACGCGAGGAUCCAGCCCCAAUGCAAGAUGGGAGCUCGUACCAGUUGGGAAGAUCCGAAACUGGCGUGAGAUUCAAGCUUUCGGAAGGAGUCCAUCAUGGACGAGAUCGGAUUGAGAACAGGGCCGGACGAGCACGAAACCGGGUAAAGCGACUACGAAGGAACACAUUACGUGAAGGGACCAUUGUCAAGAUGGAAAGGAUGCUGGUCAGGUGCGAAAUCACCAUGAACCAAGUCCCGGACGAUUUCGAUGAAAACGAGAGCAUGAAAAUCGAGAGCAGAGUGCUGGAGAAAUGGCGUGAAUUCAUGAUUGUGGCCAGAAAGAGUAAGAACCAAGACGGCGCAGACUUCAGACUUCAGGUAUACAAGACGAGGGUCAUUCCGGAGAUCGAUGAUGAUACUUCGACCAAGAAAAAACCAACGCAUGAGAUAAAGCUCGAUCCGAAAUCCACCAGAGUCAACCUGUACUCGUCGUUAGACAAGACGGUGGUCAUCUGGCAUCCUUACAAGUCAGGGACACGGAUAUUUGUCAUGCGACCAAUAUCGACAGCUCAUUCUGUCGAAUGGUAUACUUUUCUCCGAGAUGCCUUGGGAUGGCGACGACCAAGAACGUUACACAUCAACGUACCGGAUUUGGAUGUUGUGCUGAAACUAGACAGGCCAUUCGAAGGUUUGGAAGCCGCUGGAUCCAAUGCAACAGACGAAGAGACAGCAAUUGCUCGGGCUGCGGCGGCCGAGAAGGCUGUUGCUGGCCAGAUCAUAUCUCAGUGUAUGGACAUACUGAAGAGGGACCAUGAAUGGUCCAGCGUCAUGAAGCUAUGGAAUGAGACUGCUAAGAUGGGUCUUGCCUGGAAGAGAUACGACAGAUUGGAAUGGGUAUAUGGUGCCCAUGAGCAGAAGAUGUACGGCUCCAUGGCCAUGGAAAACUCGCACGAUCUGGAACUUCGACCAAAGAAGCAUUUCCCUACGUCGACCCGGGGCAGAAAGGGCAAGCCACACGACGAACCUCCUCCUAUUGAGGGGUUUCUGAUUAGACUGACCUCACAAAAGGGUACUCAGCAGAGACUAGGCAAGGCGUUCUUCAAGCGGCUAUAUUUCUCCACUCAUGACCAAUACUUGAUGUUUGGCCGCCCUGCCAAAGCAACGCCGCCUCAUCCACCACGGCUUGCCACCAUUGGAGGGGACCACGUUCCUUCGGCCCGCGAGAUUGUGGAGAAGACGCCGAUGAUGUUUAACAUCGAGCCGUACAAAAUACACAAUGGUGAAGUACCAUGGUUGUCUUCGGGAGAUCAAGCCACAAUCAAGAGUCAUGAUCGCGAGGCUGUCGAAGAAGCUCGCCGAAAC